AUGACACCUAGCUACAUGUCAGCACCCCUGUGUUCAACGCAUAUUUUUAGAGACGUGUGGGCCGCUUUCGCCCACGCUGAGAGCGACAGACUUUGGGGGAAGCAUGGCGUGCAGAUGACAGGGGCGGGGGUAAAGGGGGAAAGCGGCGAAGAUUACCGACGCGCUGUGUCAGGGGCCGUGGGCGGGGUGGGCGGCGUGGGCGGUGUGGCCACUCCUGGUGGUCGUGGCCGCUACUACCUGCGCUCUGACUACCCCCACCACGACCCCCACCCCCCUCGUCAUGACUACCCGCCCCGUGACUACCUGCCGGAGAAGCUGGACGACUUGUACCCCCGCCACAAGGAGGACUUCUUCAGCCACAGACCCAAGGAGCGCGACGACCUGGCGGGGGGCUAUGGGCCGCCCACCCCGGAGGAGCCCUUCACCCGGACGCCCUCGGCACGCGGGCCUCGCCUCCCGCAGGAUCCCCGCCUGCAGCAGGAUCCGCGUCUCCAGCAGGAUCGGUUUCCCAGGAUGCCCGACUACCCCCCUCCGCCACCCACGCCCGAGGCGAGGGGCGGCGCGGGCGGCCUGUACGGCGUGGGCGGCGGCGAGCGGGUGUCGCGCCUGUUGGAGCUGUACGGGACGCUGGACGGGCGGGGCGGGGGCGCCUCGGCGGCCGUGGGCGGCGGCGGCGGCGGCGGCGGUGGCGGCGGGGUAGCGGUGCCCGCGGGCUCUCGCUCGCACCACGACCUGUACGGUUCGCUGGACGGUCGCACGUCGCGCCUCUCCGACAUCUUCCCGACGAGCGAGGCGGCGCGGCUGCGGCAGAACGCGGAUUUCCGGCAGGCGGACGAGACCCGCUCGCUUUCGGGGCGCGAGGGCGUGUUGGCAGACCUGUGCCGCCGAAGGGAGCUCCCACCCGCGCCCCCGGAGUACCGCCUGCAUGAUUACCGCCCACGACAUGACUUCCGCGGCGCCCCCAAGCCGCAGGCGCAGCAGCCGCCGCCGCCGCCGCAGCCGCACGACCAGGACGUGAUCGAGAAUCCGAUGUACGACGUGGAACGCCGCGGCGCCCCGGCUCCCCCUCGGACGCCGGGGCCGCGGCCGCCGUCGGCCAACCCGCCUACGCCGACGCCGGCGGGGCACCACCCGCACCACGCUCACCACCCAGCACACCAGGCCCACCAGGCCCACCAGGCCCACCAGGCCCACCAGGCCCACCAGGCUCACCAAGCUCAUCAGGCGCAGCACCAGCAUCACCACCAGGCUUUGCAACAGCAGCUGCAGCAUCAGCAACAACAGCAGCUCCAACAACAGCAGCAACAGCAGCAGCAGCAGCAACAACAACAGCAGCAGCAACAGCAGCAGCAACAGCAGCAACAGCAGCACCAGCUUCAGGCCCAGCAGCAGCACCCAGCCCAC